AUGGGGGCCUUCGAAGUGUUGACCCUAUCCGAGAUCACGCUCGCCGAAUUGAACACCACCAAUUCCAGGGGCGCCAACUAUUUGUAUGCGGACCCGGCGUAUGCUUCGUACUAUACACAGUACCAACCGUCAAAUGUCCACUCGCCACAGUCGUACCCCCUGCACUCCCACCAACACUCUGCCGCCUCGCCAGCGCUCUCCGGAAGUAUCGACGAUUCCGAUGGACAACUUGGACACGCCGCCAGGGCCAGCCCGCAAACGUUGAAAUGGCUGUACGAGAACUAUGAGGUGGCUGAUGGAACAUCGCUGCCGAGAUGUACGCUGUAUGAUCAUUAUAAAAAACAUUGUUCCGACAUUGGCCUCGACCCAGUCAACGCGGCCAGUUUCGGCAAACUGAUCCGUUCCGUCUUUUCCGGGCUUAAAACAAGAAGAUUGGGUACGAGGGGCAACAGCAAGUAUCACUACUAUGGCAUACGUAUUAAACCCCAAUCGGCGCUCAACCACUUCCCCGAGGAGUAUGGGCACAUGUCGAAGAAAAAACACCUCCAAUCUACUCAAAAUCUCAGGCGAAGCGAGCGGUUCACCAACUCGAACACCUCGUACGCGGCCGAACAGGGGCUGUACAACAACAACUACGAGCGCAACUCCUCCUCCACCACCCCGCAACGUGAGAAUAACCUGGAUGGUGAACAACCAUACAUGCUGGGUGAGGGCCACGUCCCCCGGAUAUUCCCCGAUUUCUCGACGAUGGGACCGAAUUUGGAGAAUUCAAAGUUGGAGCCGGCCCACGUCAUGAAACUGGUCAAUGGAUAUCGCGAGAAUUGCAGGGACAUUCUAAACAACAUCCGAGAACUGCGCUUCGACCUUCUUGAAGAGACCUGGACGGGAUUCUGGCAAAAUGAGAUGAUUCGGGAGGAAAGAUAUCCGAUUAUGAAGGGAAUCCCGAAUAUCCAACUCCACGUCCUAUGCGCCAUUCCUCAGGUUCAACAAUGGAUGGUGCAGACGGACUACUAUUUCUACCAAGUUCUCGUUGAUGUCCUCGUCCCAAAUGUUCUCUGCUCGACCAUGCGAUCCGAUAUGAUCACAAAAAUUCGGAAUGUGGCCAAAUAUCUGGAGGGCCAUAUGACAAAGGCAUUAUUGGGACUGCCGAGUGAAUUGGUGGAGCGGAAAGUGGAGGCUGUUCGAGUGUUGGCACAGACAUUGAGGAGAUACACCUCCCUGAACCAUGUAGCAACAGCCGCCCGAGGUGUCCUCCAGAAAAGCGAACAAAUCCAGCAAAUGCACGCCGAUUUCAACAGAGUCGAAAUGUCAUGCGUCCAAGAGCAAGCGGGUUGGGUGUGUGCUUGUGACCCGGGCACGGUUCAGCACUUCCAGAACUCGUUCAAGGAAAAUCUUGAAAAGCAGACGAGCCUCGAGGGGUGGGCCCAGUGGAUGGAGGCUGUGCUGGAUAAUGUGCUCGCCCGCUAUCACGACAAGCCCGUCUCCGAGCUGUCCGACGUCGCCAAGCAGUUCUUGCUGAACUGGAGCUUUUAUAAUAACCUGAUAAUCCGCGACCUGACGCUCCGAUCGGCCCAUAGUUUCGGUUCCUUCCACCUUCUCCGCCUCCUCUUUGAUGACUACAUGUUGCAUCUGGUCGAACAGAGACUAGCAAAGGCAGCCGGCCGACCCGUGAUCACCGUCAUGGCCAAGGGGUUCAGGGCAGAUUUGAUUCUGUUUGAGGAGACGACGCAAGAGAACCUACUUCCCCAUCCAAUAAAUGGUGAACGUGGAGGGGAUGAAUGGGAGAUGAUCACCCAUGUUGACAUCGAGACUGGCGGAGAAUUGAUGUAUGCUGAGGAGAAAAUGAUGCACUACAUGAAUGGAGACCAAUCAAUCGAACGCCAGGUGAUACUCGCACAAAAUGGAGACGAAAUCGGUGACGGAAAACCGUUGGACAAG